UACAUGACUCCCACGAUCUGUGCGGCGUUGUGGCCUGUGGUGUUCGGUCUGUGUUGUCUGUGUGUCCUGAACAGGUGGAAGGGCUGUCUGCCUGUAGCCCCGACCUCAGGUGGCCUUAUCAGGUUAUCGGAUUGCUCCGAAGGCAUGGCUGCACUAGAGUCCUGAUAUAAGCAGCAUGGCAAUAGAGGUGUCUGUGUCCUCAGCUGGUCAGCCUCAGGUUCCAGGUCCUGCUCAGAGGGACUACUACUACUGGUUCCGCUCUUUCGUAGCAGGAGGUGUAGCAGGAUGCUGUGCCAAGACCACCAUUGCACCUCUGGACAGAGUGAAAAUUCUACUCCAAGCUCACAGUCCUCAUUACAAACACUUAGGUGUGGUUGCUACUCUCAGGGCUGUGCCAAAAAAAGAAGGCUUCCUCGGACUGUACAAAGGGAAUGGGGCGAUGAUGGUCAGGAUAUUCCCUUAUGGAGCCAUUCAGUUUAUGGCCUUUGACAAUUAUAAGAAACUUCUUAGUACACAGCUUGGUAUAUCUGGACACAUUCAUCGGCUCAUGGCUGGAUCUAUGGCAGGAAUGACUGCAGUCAUUUGCACUUAUCCUCUUGACGUGGUUCGUGCUCGCCUGGCUUUUCAGGUGACGGGAGAUCAUCGCUACACUGGCAUAGGAAACGCCUUCCAAACCAUCUACUUGAAGGAGGGUGGCAUCUCUGGAUUCUACCGUGGUCUAACUCCUACCAUCAUUGGCAUGGCUCCCUAUGCAGGCUUUUCCUUUUUCACGUUUGGUACUCUAAAGAGUCUGGGGCUGGCUCACUUCCCUGAGCUCCUUGGCAAGCCAUCACUAGACAACCCUGAUGUCCUGGUUCUGAAGACUCAUGUCAACCUGUUGUGUGGGGGGGUCGCUGGGGCCAUCGCUCAGACUAUAUCAUAUCCUCUAGAUGUUGCCCGGAGAAGAAUGCAGUUAGGAGUAGUGCUCCCUGACUCAGAUAAAUGUCUUAGCCUGACGAAGACCCUUAAGCAUGUGUAUGGCCAAUAUGGGAUUAAGAAAGGACUGUACCGUGGGUUGUCCCUCAACUACAUCCGCUGUGUACCAUCCCAGGCAGUCGCCUUCACCACGUAUGAAUUCAUGAAGCAAAUCCUGCACUUGAACUAGUGCAGCAGUUGUUGCUGAUCCUCUGUUCCACAGGAAGAACAAAUUGUCAUACAGAUACUUAAAGCAUCACAGCAGCCCUGCUUGCCAAAUCCAAUGACCAGCUCGUCAGACUGCCCAUCAAACCCCCCAGGGUUGCAUGAGGUUGAGGGCCAUGCCUCACCAACCCACUCUGGAGACCGAGAGAGGGAAUUCCCCGUAACAGUUAUCACCUACAAUGAUCAGCUUAUGGAAAGAACUUUGGUUGCACUGAACAGUCUGCCUUAAUCAAUCAGCGAGGUUGUGCACUCAUGUCUUCUGUGACGCAAAACAAGUGACGCACAAUAGGUCUUUCUUUCAGCUGCUGUUAGUGUACAUUGUGUCUGUAUGUCACAGCUGUAAUCCACUAUGUGCAUGAAUGGGAUAUUUGUGAUCAAGUGCUUGUCAGGGUUGAGAUAAUACUGCAAUAAUCAGAAAACCUUACUCAGAAACAGUUAGAUGUUUCAUCGGCAUCCCCCCACCCCCUCUACCUCCGCUGCCUCUGAAGUGGAGGACUGAUAUGAUUCUGUGAAAGUAGUAUUUCUACUCAUGUUUCAGAUCAAUCAUGGCUCACAUGCCUUCUACAGUAGCUCGAGAUCUUCUGUUGGUUUGUAGUAGAUGCUAUCAUGCUUUAUCUCAACAGAAAUCUUUCUCUUCUUUUAAAGCACAGUCGGUGAGAAAUCGAGAUGUGCAUGCCGGUAGUAGAGGAGAGUUUUAUGGACAUUUUUAUUUACAGAUGAGAAAGGGAACCUGAUAGGGUCAGGUUAAAGAUCACAUUUACCUUGCCAGAUUUAUGUUUGUCAGUUACUUUAAACCACCUGAAACCUUUACCUGUAAUAUUGUAUCUUUGCUGUAACAGCCAAUGUGAUGGAACAUGUAGUCUAAUGUCAUUCAGUCUGUCAUUUAAUGUAGAAAAAAUAAAAUGAUGUUAGAGUUUAUGCUUAAGAAGACACAUAAGUCAGUCAAGAGUUGCACUUCUAAACCUUUUUUUUUUUUUUUUUGGAUCUGAAUAAUUUGAGUUUUUAAUCUCCAUCGCCACUUGGUGGCAGUCUUGAGUGGACAGAUCAGGUUUAUCAGUGAAACACUUUUAAACCCAAUGUUACUGUCCAUCAUGCACUAUACAUGCCUUUACUUUCAGUUGCUGCUCUCUAUAGCAUAAUAAAUGAUUCUGUCUGUUUGGCUGGACGAAUGACUGAAAGUAAAUAUUUAUAGAUUUGUCACAUACAGCCUUGAUUUGAGACACGACACAGACGUGGGAGAUUGUACAAUCAUGCUUUUUAUUAUAAUCUGUUAUAACAAUGCCAUUAAAUCAAAAUGUCUCAAUGCGAUGGCCAUGGGUUUUGGAGAAUAAAGGAAAUGUCUUGUUAAUGUUGCAGUUAUAUUAAAAUGUAUGUGAGAGAAAUUUUAGCAAUAUUAUUAUUUAUUAUUAUUAUUUGAUCAUAGUGUAUUUUGUAUAUGUCUGAAUGCAGAAUGCAACUGAAUGCUAUGAACAAAUAUUUCAUUGGUAUUGAACUACAGAUCAAUGAAAAAUGCCUUUUUUGUACUUUUUCAUUCUAAUUUUGCAUCUGUUUGUCCAGUGCUUACACAAAUUAAAUGGAUGUUUCUGCUUGUGUAAAUAAACUACCAUGAUAUGUAUU